AUGGCUGAGCGAUACAUUCCCGAGCAUCGCCGAACUCAGUUCAAGGCUAAGAAUACUUUCAAGCCUGAGGAGCUCCGUCGUCGUCGCGAGGAGCAGCAAGUCGAGAUUCGAAAGGCCAAGCGUGAGGAGAACUUGGCCAAGCGUCGAGGUAUUGGUACCGGUGAGAACCGCCCUGGUGCUUCUCUCGGUGCCGCCCCUGAUAGCGAUGAUGAGUCCGCUCCUACCGAGUCCCAGUUGAAUGAGGACCUUCCUCAGAUGGUGCAGGGUGUCUUCUCGGACCAAAUCGAUUCGCAGAUUCAGGCCACAACCAAGUUCCGAAAGCUUCUUUCUAAGGAGCGCAACCCCCCGAUCGAGGAGGUCAUCAAGACCGGCGUCGUUAGUCGUUUUGUCGAGUUCUUGCGAUCCCCUCACACCCUGGUCCAGUUCGAGGCUGCCUGGGCUCUGACCAAUAUUGCAUCCGGCUCCGCCACUCAGACACAGGUUGUCAUUGAGGCUGGCGCUGUCCCGAUUUUCGUCGAGCUUCUUGCUAGCCCCGAACCCGAUGUUAGGGAACAGGCCGUCUGGGCCCUCGGCAACAUCGCUGGUGAUAGCCCUCACUGCCGUGACUAUGUCCUAAGCUGUGGUGCUCUUAAGCCUCUCCUUAACCUUCUCGGCGAUAGCCGUAAGCUUAGCAUGCUCCGUAAUGCUACCUGGACACUUAGCAACUUCUGCCGUGGCAAGACCCCCCAGCCUGACUGGACUACCAUUGCCCCCGCUCUUCCUGUCUUGUCCAAGCUCGUCUACUCCCUUGAUGACGAGGUCCUCAUCGAUGCCUGCUGGGCCAUCUCUUACCUUUCCGAUGGAUCUAACGACAAGAUUCAGGCCGUUAUUGAGGCUGGCAUUCCUCGCCGACUGGUUGAGCUUCUCAUGCACGCUUCUACGUCCGUCCAGACUCCCGCCCUGCGCUCCGUUGGCAACAUCGUUACCGGCGACGACGUUCAAACACAGGUUAUUAUCAACUGCGGCGCCCUGCCCUGCCUCCUGUCUCUUCUGAGCUCUACCAAGGAUGGCAUCCGAAAGGAGGCUUGCUGGACAAUUUCCAACAUCACUGCCGGCAACUCUUCACAGAUCCAGGCCGUCAUUGAUGCCAACAUUGUUCCUCCUCUGAUCCACCUUCUGCAGAACGGAGACCUCAAAACCCGCAAGGAGGCUUGCUGGGCUAUUAGCAACGCCACUUCCGGUGGUCUGCAGAAGCCGGAGCAAAUCCGCUAUCUGGUUUCUCAGGGGUGCAUCAAGCCCCUGUGCGAUUUACUUGGCUGCCCCGACAACAAGAUCAUCCAGGUUGCCCUGGACGGCCUUGAGAACAUCCUCAAGAUCGGCGACCUUGACAAGCAGGCCGCUGGUGAGUCUGGCGACUCCAUCAACCGGUAUGCUCUGUUCAUUGAGGAGUGUGGAGGCAUGGAGAAGAUCCACGACUGCCAGAACAAUGCCAACGAGGAGAUUUACAUGAAGGCCUACAACAUCAUCGAGAAGUACUUCUCGGAUGAUGAGGAGAACGCGGACGAGGGUAUGGCCCAACAACCUGCUGGCCCCAACGGCACAUUCGGCUUUGGUACCAAUGGUGCUGCUCCCUCAGGCGGUUUCGACUUUGCCAAGGGUAGCGACGCCAUGGACAUGUAA